AUGUUCAGACUAUCUAUAUCUUUGAGAGCGUUGAAUGUAGUAGCGCUGUUAUUGUUGAUAUCGGUAUUUGUUGCUGCUGAAGCAACAACCAAUACUGCUUUGUUCAUCGCAAUACCAUAUGUUGGUCAUGUGAACCCAUUGAUUUCUCAAGCUCUUGAAUUACAACGACGCGGAUGGAAGGUAUACAUUGUCAGUUGUUCACAAAUUAACGCAUAUGUGGAAACAUACAGUGUAGAAUUUAUCGACAUUGGCCAUUGUCCGUGGAUAGAUGGAAGCAAGAUAAUUCACGAAAGAGCGAGCGGAAUGCCAAAAAUAGCGGGAUUUAAGUUGCUUAUAGAAUGGUUGAUCGAUGCUUAUCCUUAUAUGUACAAUGCAACUGUAAGCGUCUUACGAGACAAGCAACUAAAUGUAACUGUAGCAAUUGUGGACUCAGCUACGAAUGCCGGCAUCGAUAUCUGUAACACCCUAAAUAUAUCCUGCAUCAUCAAUAAUCCUGAUAUUCUAUCAUUCGUUGGAUUUGAGGUUUUAGAACCUGCUGAUUAUAAUCCAGUUAGUUUUAUGAACAACUCGAUUCAUACACUCGGUACUAAUACCAUUAUGCGCGCUUAUCAGCCGCUAAUGCGUCUGCUGCUUAGGAUCAGAUUCCGAGGUUUUGAUUCACGCUGGAAUAAAUAUAGAACAAAUGCUGGUUUCACGAAACCAUUGAGUUUAUGGAGCUAUUUUUUGGGUCAUGUCAUCUUGUCGAAUACAGCAUUUGGUCUGGAAUAUCCAAGACCGAUCCCGCUGCAUAUUCAGUUAACUGGACCCAUGUUGAACAUGAGUAUGUCCAAAGAGGGUUAUGUCAACCAGUUGAGUGUACACGAUCGACAGUGGAUCGAAGAAGAGAAUGGAAAACCGAUUAUUUAUGUCUCUGCCGGCACUACGGCCUCUUUAUCAAAAGAGCAAGUUCACAAGUUAUUCGAUGCUUUAUCAUCGGACAAAUAUAGGGUAACAUGGAAAUUGAGCAAAAACGAAGCUCGUCAUUUAUCUGGCAGCUAUGUUCCAAAAUCUAUUCGAAUUGUUGAAUGGGUAUCAUCAUCACUCGGGUAUUUCGCUCACGAUCGUGUGAAGGUAUUCAUAUCACAUUGUGGGAUAAACAGUGUCUACGAAAGUGUUUGGCUAGACACGCCAAUUAUUUGUUUGCCAAUGUUCGCUGAUCAGUAUGACAUGGGCCAUCAGGUGUCCGAUGCUGGGGUUGGGAUAUUACUUGAUAAAGUCAAAUUUACUUCGAACGAAUUAAGGACGAAAAUAGAAGAAAUAUUAAAGAAUAAAAACUAUUCACUUAAUAUUAAGCGCGUACAAGCCCAAAUCAAGUUACACGGUGGUGUUCAACGAGCGGCAGAUAUCAUCGAGACAGUAGCCCAAGUUGGAUCAGAUGUGUUUGUUUCAAGAGACAUUUCUUUUCCAUUUUAUGCGAAAUACAAUCUCGAUAUAUAUCUAAUAUGGUUUGGAGCAUUUUAUUUAUCGAAAAGACUAAUCGGAUAUCUCUUCUCACG